ACAACGGCCCCGGCGACGUGGGUGCCGAUCCUAACCCACAAUAUGACGACGCAUAUCGCGACGUGCGAAACGGCGACGCUGAAGAUUGCGAAGCGGGAGAUGUCGAGGCGGGUGGUGCAAACGCGGGAGACGGCGACACCACAGAUGGCGACGUAGGAGAUUGCGACACGAAGGAGAUGGCGACGCGAGGGAUAUGGCGACGAGGGAGAGAAAGCGACGCGAGGGAGACGGCGACGCGAGGGAGAUGGCGACGGGAUGGCUAUGGCGCUGGCAAGGGCGGAUGGUGUGUGCACGAGACGGGCAAUGUCCGCCGUAUGGGUUGGCGACACCAACAAUUGCAUGCGGCUAAAGCGUUCUGACGCAAAUUCCCGGAAUGGCGCUACGUUGGUUCGAAUGGCGGAUACAUCCGCGUGGGCCCCUCGAAACAAAAGUGGGCGGGAAAA